GCGAGCUGCGGGGUUCCGCCGCUCACGCAAGCCAGCGGCGAGGGGGCGGGCCCGAGGGGCGGGCCGAAGCCCGGGGCUGCGCAGGAGGCCCUGGUGCCGGAGCUCUCUCUGAGGACCGGAAGCCUGGACCAGAGCUGCUGGAGGGAGCGAGGGCUGAGACCCUCACCAGGUUCAGGCUGCAAGAAGUUUUGAUUUCGUAAACAGACAGAUGGCAGUGGGCAGGGAAAGGCUCAGACCCCACAUGGCGCAGUGGGAGAUGCUGCAGAACCUUGACAGCGCAUUUCAGGAUCAGCUGCACCAGCUCUACUCAAAUAGCCUCCUGCCAGUGGACGUGCGACAGUACUUGGCUGUCUGGAUUGAAGAUCAGAACUGGCAGGAAGCUGCACUGGGCAACGAUGCUGCCAAGGCUGAUAUGCUAUUCUUCCACUUCUUGGACCAACUGAACUCUGAGUGUGGCCACUGCAGCCAGGACCCUGAGUGUUUGUUGCUACAACACAACUUACGAAAAUUUUAUCGGGACAUUCAGGCCUUUCCGCAGGGCUCUACCCAGCUGGCUGAGAUGAUCUUUAAUCUCCUUCUGGAAGAAAAAAGAAUUCUGAUCCAGGCUCAGAGGGCUCAGUCGGAACAAGGAGAGCCAGUCCUUGAAGCACCUGGGGAGAGCCAGCAGCUUGAGAUUGAAUCCCGGAUCCUGGAAUUAAAGGCUAUGAUGGAGAAGCUGGUGAAAUCCAUCAGCCAACUAAAAGACCAGCAGGAUGUCUUCUGCUUCCGAUAUAAGAUCCAGACCUCAGCGAGGACACCCCCUUUGGAUCCCCAUCAGACCAGACAGAAGCUCAUUCUGCAGGAAACCCUCAAUGAACUGAACAAAAGGAGAAAGGAGGUGCUGGAUGCCUUCAAAGCACUGCUAGGCCGAUUAACUACCCUAAUGGAGCUACUGCUGCCCAAGUUGGAUGAGUGGAAAGUCCAGCAGCAGAAAGCCUGCAUUGGAGCCCCCCGGGAAGGAGGGUUGGAGCAGUUGGAGAAGUGGUUCACAGCUGGAGGAAAGCUGUUGUUUCACCUGCGGCAGCUGCUGAAUGAGCUGAGGGGACUGAGUCGCAUGGUCACCUAUGAGGGGGACCCUCUGAUCAAAGAGGUGGACCAGCGGGACGCCCAGGUCACAGAGCUGCUACAGCGCCUGCUCCACAGAGCCUUUGUCGUAGAAACCCAGCCCUGCAUGCCCCAAACUCCCCAUCGACCCCUCAUCCUCAAGACUGGGAGCAAGUUCACCGUCCGAACAAGGCUGCUGGUGAGACUCCAGGAAGGCAAUGAGUCACUGACUGCAGAAGUCUCCAUUGACAGGAAUCCUCCCGAAUUACAAGGCUUCCGGAAGUUCAACAUUCUGACUUCAAACCAGAAAACUUUGACCCCUGAGAAAGGGCAGAGUCAGGGCUUAAUUUGGGACUUCGGCUACCUGACUCUUGUGGAGCAGCGAUCAGGUGCUUCCGGAAAGGGCAACAAUAAGGGGCCACUGGCCGUGACAGAGGAACUGCACGUCAUCAGCUUCACAGUCAAAUACACCUACCAGGGUCUGAAGCAGGAACUGAAAACGGACACCCUCCCUGUGGUGAUUAUUUCUAACAUGAACCAGCUCUCAAUUGCCUGGGCCUCCGUGCUCUGGUUCAAUCUGCUCAGCUCGAAACCCCAGAAUCCGCAGUUCUUCUCCAGCCCCCCCAAGGCGCCCUGGAGCUUGCUGGGCCCUGCUCUCAGUUGGCAGUUCUCCUCCUAUGUUGGCCGAGGCCUCGACUCAGACCAGCUAGGCAUGCUGAGGGCCAAGCUGUUCGGGCAGAGCUCCAAGGCUGAGGGUGCGUCGCUGUCCUGGGUCGACUUCAUUAAGCGAGAGAGCCGCCCUGGCAAGCUACCGUUCUGGACAUGGCUCGACAAAAUUCUGGACCUGGUACAUGACCACCUAAAGGAUCUCUGGAACGAUGGACGCAUCAUGGGCUUUGUGAGCCGGAGCCAGGAGCGCCGGCUGCUGAAGAAGACCAUCUCUGGCACCUUCCUGCUGCGCUUCAGUGAAACGCUGGAAGGCGGCAUUACCUGCUCCUGGGUGGAACACCAAGACGAUGAUAAGGUGCUCAUCUACUCUGUGCAGCCGUUCACCAAGGAUGUGCUGCAGUCACUCCCGCUGACCAAAAUCAUCAGCCAGUACCAGCUGCUCACUGAGGAGAACAUACCUGAGAACCCACUUUGCUUCCUCUACCCGCGAAUCCCCCGGGAUGAGGCUUUUGGGUGCUACUCCCAGGAGAAAGUCAAUCUCCAGGAACGGAAGAAAUACCUGAAACAUAAGCUCAUCGUGGUCUCUAACAGACAGGUGGAUGAACUGCAGCAACCGCUGGAGCUUAAGCUGGAGCCGGAAAUGGAGUCAUCAGAGCUGGAUUUGGGACUGGCACCAGGGCCAGAGCCAGGGCCAGGCCUGGAUUUAGAGCCACUGCUGGAAGCAGGGCUGGAUCUCGGGCCAGCACUGGAGCCUAUGCUGCAAUCCUCUCUGGAGCCCGUGCUGGAGCCCACAGUAGGCGAGAUAUCACUGAGCGUCCCAGAGCCAAACCUGGGACCAGAAUUGAAGCUGGAGCCUAUUCCAGAGCCUGUUUCACAGCCAGUGCCAGAGCCAGAUUUGCCCCAUGAUCUGAGACACUUGAACACUGAAGACAUGGAAAUCUUUAGAAACAGCAUGAAGAUUGAAGAAAUCAUGCCAAAUGGUGACCCACUGUUGGCUGGCCAGAACACCUUGGAUGAAGCUUACAACUUCCACCCCAGCCAUUUCUACUCAGAGGGACCCUUGAUUCCUUCUGACUACUAGGAACUACAUUUCCUCUGUUCUUUCCAUGUAUUUCGCCCCUCCUACCCCUCACAUCAUGAUGUUUCUCUUCAAGGAUGGGAAAUCAGGCAUGUGCCCUCUCUAAACUGUGUUAACCCUGGGAUUUGGAGCGAGAGGUAGAAACCUAAUAUGGGUAAGGAAGAGGCACCAAUGAAUCAGAACAGAUGUUACCCAUAGCUCCAGCUAGGAACCUGGAGGCUGCCGGCUGUGCUGGGAAGUAUAGGAAUUCGAGGGCAGGCCAGAACAGUUAGGAGGUACUUGGAGGGCUCAGGACAGUGGCUUCUUUCCAGUAUGGAAGGCCUUCAAUAUUUUAGUAGCUGAUAAGGCUAACCUGGGGUGCACUUCAUCUUCCUGGAAUGUCCUUUCUGCUCAAAACAGCUCUGCUCCUGAUCCUGCAGUGAUUCGGAACUCCUGUCUUUGGACAAAUACACUCUUGCCCAGGAAAGCAGGGAAGGAAGCCCUGGGCUGGGGAGCAAGAGAGGGCCACACUUAGGAGCCCCACUUCCUAAUCAGUCACUUGUAAUCUCAUUCAUCUUGCUUAGUCACGUAGGGAUUAAGGCCAAAAAGAUGCCAGUUACUCUCUAUACCAAGGGGUCGUGAGGAAAGGUCCCUCUCCACCAUAGCCCUGCAGAGUGGAAGGAUGCAUUUUGUAGUCCUUUGGCCCUAUUUUUACAUUUUGUUUCUUUUUACUAACAAGCCUAGAAAUUAGACUUAGAUAUCCACAUAAAUAAGUCUUUAUUGAAAAAAGUG